AUGGAUCUUUACUAUUCCAAUACAUCCUCCGGAAACCGGUCAGUCCUGAUGACAGCCAAAGCCUUGGGCAUUAAAUUAAAUGUGAAAGUUUUAAACGUCCAGCGGGGCGACCAAUUGAAUCCUGAAUUCGUGAGGAUCAAUCCUCAGCACACAGUGCCAACUCUCGUGGAUAAUGGGUUUGCUGUGUGGGAGGCACGAGCCAUUCUCACCUAUCUGGUGGAGAAGUACGGAAAGACGGAUUCGCUCUACCCCAAGGAUCCGAAGCAAAGAGCUGUGGUGAAUCAACGUCUAUACUUCGAUAUUGGGACACUGAACCAGUCAUUCAUGGACUACUAUUAUCCGAUAUUUCAUUCGAAACCAGCUGAUCCUGAAGCAUUCAAGAAGGUUGAAUCCGCAUUUGAAUUUCUGGAUAUUUUCUUGGAGGGCCAGGAAUUUGUAGCUGGCAAGCAUCUCACUCUGGCUGACAUUUCUAUCUUGGCAACUGUCUCCACCUUUGACAUCUUCCAAUUUGAUAUCAAGAAGUACCCGAAUGUGGACAGAUGGUACACCAACACCAAGAAGGUGACUCCUGGAUGGGAGGAGAACUGGAAGUCGUUGACCGACAUGAAAGCAGCACUCGAUAGCUACCAAAAACAAUCUAAGAAAUAGUUAAAAUG